AUGAACAAUCAACUACUCAAAAUGUCAUCUGUAAUUGCUUGCGGCGGUACUUCCAAAUUUAUGGCACCAUUAUCAUUACCACCAUCUUUUAACAGCUUCGUCAUUACACAGAACAACAAGAUGAAGAAGGGUUUGGUGUUAGAUUAUUGGGGGUUUAGUAACACUAGAAGGAAUGUGAUUGUUAAGGCAUCAAGCGACGUCGCUUCACCAUCCAUCUGGGAGAACUGGAAACCUCCCAAAUCGUCUUCUACUCCUUCCUUCAGCGAUAUUCUAUGGCCUUCUGCAGGGGCAUUUGUAGCGGUGACCAUAUUGGGAAAACUGGAUCAGUUAUUGACACCAAAAGGACUCUCAAUCACAGUUGCACCAUUAGGAGCAGUUUCUGCACUCUUAUUUGCCUCACCUUCAGCCCCUUCUGCCCGGAAGUACAGUAUGUUGAUGGCUCAAAUAGGUUGUGCAGCCAUUGGUGUUUUGGCGUUUACUAUGUUUGGACCUGGAUGGCUUGCCAAGAGUGCUAGUGUUGCAGCUUGUGUUGCCUAUAUGAUUUACACCGACUCCGUUCAUCCCCCAGCCGUAAGCAUGCCGUUGCUUUUCAUCGAUGGUGUUAAGUUGCAACACUUGAGUUUCUGGUAUGUUUUGUAUCCCGGGGCAGCUGGAUGCAUUAUGCUCUGUUUCAUUCAAGAGGUGGUUUUAUACAUGAAGAAAAAUUUCAAAUUCUGA